AUGGACUUAAACUACCCAGAAGACUUCUACUCCAACAUUGGAACUUCCAGAUCCUACGAGUGCAUCUUUUGCAAGAGAGGCUUCACCACAGCACAAGCCUUAGGUGGACACAUGAACAUACACAGAAAACAAAGGGCCAACAACAACACCAAAUCCACUUUCUCUCCUCCUCCUACUCCUCCUACUCCUCCUUCAACUUCUAACAAAGUUGAUGCAACCAACAACCAUGCAGAUCUCGUUCAAAUUCCAACCCAAUCUACUCCUUCUAAUGCUAAUACCUUCCCUCAUCUUUCUUUUCCACCCACUUCACUCACUGUUACACCUUCCCAUGCUGAGCUUUCCUGUGCAGAAAAAGACCAACUGGGUCACGUCUUUCUGCAGGAUUGGAGUACCACCAAUUUCAACUUCUACUCUAAUCCAUUGUGUUUUCAUGAAAUCAAGAAUAAGUUUGAAGACACUGAUGAGAAUGGCCUGGAUUUGGAGCUCAGGUUGGGUCAUCAUCCAUAG